AUGUCGAGGUUUUUUGAGUCGAUUGACGAGGAGAAGGAGAAGGGGGGGCGAAGCGAGAUAAAAGAAAAGGUCUAUGACACCGAUGAGAGAGUGGGCAAGAAGGAGAAGAAGUUGUAUGAUCUGCAAUGCAAGGUAAAAGAGCUUGAGGAAGAGAGCAGCCAGAAGGUGUUUGAUAAGCAGCUGAAGAAAAUGCUUGUUGAUGUGAAGAAGGCAGAAAACUGCUUUGGAGGGAGAGCACCAGGCUUUCUCAAGACGUUUUUUGCAUCGGCUAGAGUGGAAAAGUCGGCUCACAAGAAGGCGAUUGAUGAGCUUAUGUCUAAGUAUGAAUGCAGCGAGGAGCCAGUAGAAGAGGAAGUGAAUAAAAAGAUUGAGGAGAAGAUAUGCAAGGAUUUGAAUAGUAUACUCGUGAUAAGAGACGGAGAUGAGAGGCAGAGAGAGCUGGAGGAGUUUAAGGGAAGCACAAGAGACGAGACGAUGAGAACAAAGGCAUUGAUGGCGCUUCUUUCAAUCUAUGUAAAGGCUGGCAAUGGCACAAAGACGCUUGGGAUAAUGAAUGAGAUACUUGACUGUUUUGUGGUUGACUUGAAUGCAAACGCAGCAAGAGCAAUGCUAUUGGAGAAUGUUGAUUUCUAUCUCGGAGUGAUAUAUGAGAAGCUUGAUGUGUUAAUGUUUGAUAUGUAUGGAAGACUGCUUGGGCGGCUCCUACUUGUUGACAGGGAUGCAGUUGAGAAGAGGGCGCUACAGUUUGAGGUGUUUAAGAUGCAUCGAAGUGUCGAUACGGCCAAUCCGCUGUUCAAGCUUGUUUAUAUUGUCAGAAACGGAACACCGGAAGAAGCCAGGAAGUGGUACCUGCAGAUCAAGGACGGUAUUGCUGAUGGGAAGAUUGAGCAGGAGGUGCUGGAAGAGUACGGAAUAUGCUUGUUCAAGAAUGGAGACUUUGAAAUGUCUUAUGAAGUGCUUUCAAAGUGUUAUCCAGUAAUGUCUACCGAAUGUAGGUUAUAUGUCGAGCUUCUGUGUGUGAUUCUGAACGAUCGAAUACGAGGCAGUCCUGCUCACAAGAGGUUUGUUGAAGAGUUUAUGGAGUUUGGUGAAAACAGGUUUUGCUUGAGGUCUGGGGAUAGCAGGGUGGAGGCGCAAAGGGCGUUUUAUCUGAUGAACAUGUAUGAUGUGCACGGAGCAGCAGAAAUAAUAAGACGGCAUUGCAAAUGCUUUGAUGAGAAUUCAUGGCUUAGAGAUUUUGUGAAUAGCAGAUUGACAGGUAAGAUAGCAAGGGAGGUUUCGAUGCAAAUGCAAUGA